AAACACAUCUUCCACUUUCCAUGGAUGUUUUUUUCCUCAGCUUCCACUGCUGUUCGGCUCAGUGGGGCUGGAUGUCUGGGGAACUGAACUUAGGAGGCACCUAAGGAGGAGAUGGCGAUGGCGAUGACCCCGCCCCGAGUAUCGCCAGGGCAUACCCCACUGGGUACACCCAGCCACACACCCUUGGCAAACACCCCUCCUGGCCACACACCGGCGCAGCGGCUGAAACAGACUGGAGCCUCCAUUCUUGCAGGCCAAGAAGGCCUGAGACCGAGCUCCAAUGCUUCAGAGCAAAGCGGACGGCGAUCCGGACGAAGUAACCCGCAGGCGUCUCCAGUGUCUCCAAACUAUGUCGCUCAGAUGCCCGGUGAAAAGUCGCAGGGCAACGACGAUCAAAUCGCCUUUGGGCAAGUGGAGGGACAACAGCGUCGCUGCAAGGGGCCUCCUGAGCAAGUACCCAAGGCCAUUUGGACGGAUAGCGUGGCACAUCUUCAGCCGGAUGAGGAAUGGCCCUUGCACGCUGUGCCCGUCUUCGUCUUCGGGGGCGUGGACCGGCCACGGCCCUCCUAUCGCGAGGAAGUGAAGUUCACCCUGCGGAACGACAAGUAUGUGAGCUUCGCUCUGAGAUUGCGAUGUGGUACCGGGGAUCAUUACAUGGGUGGGACCGUCGGCCUUCUUCACAAUCCGGAGCGACAGGAGGCACAGGUGGGCGAUCCUGGGCAACUCGCCACCAUCUUGGACUUGGUGGUUCAGCCUGAUAACUCGGUCAUCGUGACCGCCAUUGGUGACUUAGACUGCACCGUGCUCCGAACCUGGAUGCCCAGGGGGCUGAGAGGUCUGCAACUAGCCUUUGUGGAUGUUCAUCGGCACCAGGUACCUGAGUUACAGCCCAUUCUCACCACAUGUCAUGAAGAGCCCGGCUUCGGCUUGUUCGGUCAACUGGUCGCCAGAGCGAACGGCUUUGAAGAAGUGGCGCAGGCCAUUGACGGAACCGACGGGCCCUUCACAGUCUUUGUCCCCCAGGAUUCCGCACUCCUAGAAGCGUUGGGCGGAGGAUCUCUGGAAGAUAUGCUGCAAGUUCCCUACUUGCAGGCUAUUCUGGCUUGCCACAUCAUUAGAGGUCGGAUCCCCUUCGAGGCAUUGUACAGUGGCCGAACACUGAAAGCCAUUGAUGGCACUGUGCUCAUGGUCACCUUUCUACAGUGGCCACGAGGGGGGCCCUGCAUCAACGAAAUACCUGGAGGGCACAUGGACAUCUUCUGCUCCAAUGGCAUUGUUCAUAGCAUCAAGGGUGUGCUCAUGCCCGCUCCUCGGAGCAACCAACGACGGUAACCAUCACUUGACCCGUGGCCAAAAUGGCACCGGGGGGUUGCCAUGAUGGCACCAUGAUAGCCAUGAUUUCUGGUGGUUUAACCGGUAGAAAUGGAAAUAUGAUG